UUUUUUUGUGUGUGGAUUUUUUUCUUUAUUUCCAGCUUGAUUGCCUGAAUUUCAGUUUGCAUAAAAAGCUUUCCCCCUGCCUUCCUUUCCCCCUCCAUCACCCGGGCUAUGCUUUCCUCACCCACUGUGAUCCUCCAGCCUUAUGGACUUCCAGUCUACCCACAGACAACCACAUGCUACCCCAGCAUAGUUCAGGGGGGGCCUGCCCAGGAGGCCGGCGCCGCCAGCGCUGACCCCACCCUCCCCCAGGUCUACGCUCCACCCCCCUCAUACCCUCCACCAAACCAAGGCCCACCGGCGUCUACCAGCAGGCUGCCCACGCUUGAUUUCAGCUCCACGCAUCACAGCUCCGACUAUCCUGAGCCCCCCCAGCUUAGAGUCUAUCAGGGCCCCCAGCACGAGGGGGCCGACGGCCUGACCUCUAGCAACUCGGAGGAUGCUUUGGCCACAGUGACGUCCGACCCCCAGUCUCUCAAUGUGUCCGUGCCAUCGGGGGCGGGAACCGGGACAGAGGAGGAAAGCUCUGGGAAGGCCCAACCAAAACGCCUCCAUGUCUCCAACAUCCCUUUCCGCUUCAGAGACCCAGACCUCCGCCAGAUGUUUGGGCAAUUUGGCAAAAUACUUGAUGUAGAAAUCAUCUUCAAUGAACGGGGGUCAAAGGGGUUUGGAUUUGUGACUUUUGAGAGCGCUGCAGAGGCAGACCGAGCAAGAGAAAAGCUAAAUGGGACGAUUGUAGAAGGGAGGAAAAUUGAGGUCAAUAAUGCCACUGCAAGAGUGGUUACUAAAAAGCCUCAGACACCUCUAAUGAACGGAGAACUUUCAGCAUCUGGUUGGAAGAUCAACCCUGUAAUGGGGGCAAUGUAUGCCCCCGAGCUUUAUACAGUUGCCAGUUUUCCGUACCCUGUUGCGACCCCUACUUUGGCCUACAGGGGAUCGGCGCUGAGAGGUCGGGGUCGGGCCGUCUACAAUACGAUUCGCUCAGCAGCUGGCACUCCUACUGCUGUGCCAGCCUACCCCGGGGUUGUAUAUCAGGAUGGACUGUAUGGUGCCGAAGUUUACGGUGGCUAUCCUACAGCAUACAGAGUGGCUCAGUCUGCAUCUGCUGCCACUGCAGCCUACAGUGAUGGAUACGGACGAGUUUACGCCGCUGCAGCCGACCCUUAUCACCACUCGGUUGGACCAACGACAACAUAUGGGGUUGGGACAAUGGCCAGCUUGUACCGAGGAGGAUACAACCGCUUUACUCCGUACUGAGCAAAACUUUACAGCUGACAUGAACUCUGGGAUGAGGAUAAGUCAUGAUAUCUUAAAGCCUGGAACUGUGGAAGAAAACUGUGCCUGUUAUCCUCUACUGAGACUAACCAGAGUGUGACUCUGGAUCCUUUAGGAUCCUUUAAUCUGCUGAAGAACAGAAUCUAAUGUAACUUUUUAAGCCUUUAUCUGAGUUUGUUUUAGUGAUCUGAUUCUACAGAGAUGCUGUGAGACUAGUUUUGUGUUUUAAAAGCCACAAAUUUCAGGGGUCAAAUGUUGUAGAACCUAAGGUGACUUAUUGAUGGUUCCCUGUUUUUGAGUGUGAGUGUGUGAGCGUGGGAACAUGUUCAGUAACUGAGUGGACAGAGACAUGGCUGCAUCUAGGAUGGAGCUGGAAUCAAGCUUCUUCCCACCCUAACCAUCUACCUCUCUUACAUUUUUAGAUGUUCAAAUAGCUGUUGGGUUGUAGUAUUUGAAAUUUUCUUUCCUUUUUUGUUUAAUGACCUUUCUCUUCUUGUAUUGAAAUUAACGCGGCUGUUUGCUGUUUUUUCCCCCCUAGUUUGUUUUACAUUAACCUCUCUGGCUUUAGUGGAAAUGUUUGGUUUUUUUUGGUGAAUUUUCUCAUCCUUUUCUGCAGCUCUUACUGUUUUAUUUCCUUUAUGCUCCUCCUUCUUCAACUCUUAGCACUCUUGAAGUCUUUUCCUGCCUUUCUUUGUUUCUGUCGCACUCUUUUUUUUCUGUUUGAUGUUUACCUCUGAAUAAAUCUGACUUUCCUCUCCUUUU